UGCGUGAUAACCGGAAAAUGUUGACGGUCCCUCAAUAUUUUCUGAUGAAAUCUCAAACUAAGGCAGAAACACGGAACUACCAGGCGGGUCAAAUUACACUUUAAACCGGGAGAAACCGUAACAGUAUUAUCAACCGAAUUAGAUUAAACAGUCUUACAUUGUUUACGAUCCAACAAUUUGUGUUUUAGAUCGAAUAUUGUCUUACUUCGGUUAACAAACGGCUGAGCUAACUAGCUGCUCGUGCUAAGCUAACAGCUAAGCUACACCGGACACCGGAGAUCUCCAGCCGGCCGCCGUCGCCUCUUUUACUGGGAUUUUAAAACCCGACAACCAUGGCUCUUCUCUCGGCCUCACUCUUGGAUUUAUUCGCCGUUUUUCCCGUCACUGUUUCCAAUAAAUUCUCCUCCAGAAAGAAGAACAACCGCCGCUGUCAGAUGAGUUUUAGCACCGCGCAGCGAGCCGAGGAGACGGACGUUAUUCCCGGUUUCCCUGUCUGGGUCGAGGUGGAUUUUCAUACUGGAAAUUAGUUUAAUUUCAACUAAUUAAAAAAAUCAAGGAGAAACUGACUCACUGAGAAAUGCAUUUAGUGUCAAGUGAUUGAUUUCCAUAAAGGCAGUGUUUUUAAAUGGUGCAGCAGUUGGCCUGAUGACAGCGUUGUAGUUCACAUUUAAAAAAAGACGUUAUUAAAAUGGUGUAAUCACAAAAAAACCUCACACGGUUUUUAUUUGUAUUUACCUACAAUAAACCUAAUAUUCUGAUAUGUAUUCGGUGUGUGAGGACCCAGGCAGUGUUCAAGUAAAUGUGUCUAUAAAAAACUGGAAUAAAUAGUAUUAUAAAAGACACAUUUUGCACUAAAAUGUUUAAAAGUAUGAGCGGUGACGGACAUGUUUCCAGUGGGCAGAGCGCAUCCUCCAUGGCCGGGCGAGGAGGCCCCCCCGCCGGGCUCCACACUCAGGAAAGCUCGUGGCUCGGGCUGCUGUCAAGGCCCGCGAUGUAUUUCCUCCAGAAAUAUCUCCCGGGGAGAAACGAGGCCCGGGCGGACACCGGAGCCGGGUUCAUGCUGGAAGACCUGAUCCCGGUUCCUCCCCAGCUGACCUACCUUCGGUGUGACGCAGCUACCGGCAGAACGUUACCGUGGCUCCCUGCUGAUUCUCACCUGGAGCCUGGUAAAAGCUUGCCGUGGCUCUCCGCUGACUCCAUGCGGGAGCUUGGCAUCCAGAACACGGAUGAAAUGAACCAGCAAAGUCAGAUGGGGUACUUGUCUUCUGUCAGGACUUUCUUCAGUCAUGUUGUGUUGAAUUCUUCUCAGGAAGGGAGAGCGACUUCAGGGAAGGACUGGGAUCCUGCAGGGAACUCAGCGAGGGGCAGUGGGCCGUGGUGGGGCAGUUUCUGGGGGUCUGAGGGGGGGUCAGGGCUGCUGUCAGACCCGUCCUGGGAAGUGGAGGAGGGUGUCCUCACUGCAGGGCUUUGUCCACAACAAUCUCCAACAAAAGCCCCCGAAACAAGCGCCACGUUGGGAGAAGCUUCUGGACUAAGACACAAAGAGAAGCCGGCUGACAAAGAGAGCCGUGAAACACAUGAUGUAGUCCAGAACAUGGAGGAGGGGGGGUCCACAGCCAUCAGUCUCCCCAGGUCAGAAGCCCCCUCCUGCAGUGAGGAGGCUCCUCUGACCCCGGAGCAGGACCAUGGAUACACCAGUCUGGAGGAGGAACAUGUGCAGGUGAACAUGGUGAACGCUCCGAUUGAAGAGCAGCAGGAUGCCACAGAAAGUAGUCCCACUAAAGAGACUUCUGAGGAGAGGGUAGAGGAGGAAGAAGAAGAGGGUCUAUCAGCGGAGGAAGAGGGUCUAUCAGCGGAGGAGGAGGGUCUAUCAGCGGAGGUAAAAGAGGGUCGGAACCGCUGUCAGAACAAAGCGAUCGCCUUCAUCAUGGGACAACCCUGCAGCGACAACAGCUCCGAGGGGGGGUCUAGCUCUGAGGAAGAUGAUGAUGAAGACGAUGAAGACGAUGACGGCUUCAACAGCGAAGACUCGUCCGAUCUCUCCGACUCCACGGACGACGAAGACUCAGAGCGUCUGUGGAGAUAUCUGGGUCGCAGCGCUGACCCGUACGACCCCCGAAACUUCACGGCUCUGCUACACACGGCCACCUCUCCUCCCAGAAACAUCCCUCCUUCCUCCAGUGACUCCUCCCCCGACCCCUCCCCCUCUCUCCUCCCUCUCCCUCUCUCCCCCCUGGCUGCCUCCUCCCCCCCGUCGGGCAGUGACUCCUGGGAUGAUUCCACCUCAGCGAGUGAGGCAGAUGAAGCAGAAAGUCUCCGUCUGUGGAGCUCCUUCAGCUGCUCGGACCCUUACAGCCCCUUCAACUUCCAGGGACCCAUGAGGACUCAGGAGCCCAGAACCAGGACCAGGACCAGGAAGGCUGCCUCCUCCUCCUCCCCCCCCAACCCGGCUGCUCCUCCCCAGUACAGGAGGGAGGAGGCAGAGGAGCGUCUGGACAGCGGCUUCUCUGAACUCUCCGUUUCCUCCUCCGCCUGCAGCGUCACUAAGAAGGUGCGUUUCUGUGAGGAAGUGGAGGAGUUCUUUGCGAGCGGGGGGGAGGAGACGGAGGACAGACGGGGUCCCUGGGAGCAGUUCGCCCGGGAUCGAUCUCGCUUCCUGCGCCGCGUGCAGGACGUUCAGCUCAGCAUCGACUACUGUCUGCAGCCAACACACCGUCACCUGGUGUCUCUACGCCUGGGGACAACUGAGGGCAACUGAGGGACAGCAGGACGUCCUGAAGGUCAUACGGGACGCUCUGAGGGUCAUAGGGACGUUUGAAGGACAUUGAGACUUCCUGAAGGUCAUUUGGACAUCCUUAUGGUCAACGAGACGUUUGUAGGACAUUGAGAUAUUGAGGUCCACCAGACUCUGUCCUCUCUGUCCUGGUUAUGUUCAUCGGGACGUUCUCAAGUUCAUCCGGACGUCCUAAAGGUCAUCGGGACUUACUGAGGGUCAUCGAGACGUCCUAAAGGUCAUCGGGACUUACUGAGGGUCAUCGGGACUUCCUGAGGGUCAUCGAGACGUUCUGAAGGUCAUCGAGGUAUUAAUAGGGCAUUGAGACGUCAUGAGGCUCACCGGGUCGUUCUCAAGGCCAGCAGAACCUCCUAAAGGUCAUCGGGACUUCCUGAAGGACAUUGAGACGCCUGAAGGAUGGGAUCUUGAGGUCCAUCAGACUCUGUCCUCUCUCUCCUGGACUCCUGAGGUCCAGGAGACCCUCUGUCCACUCUGUCCUCUCUCCUGGACUCCUGAGGUCCAGGAGACCCUCUGUCCACUCUGUCCUCUCUCUGACUCCUGAGGUCCAGGAGACCCUCUGUCCACUCUGGACUCCUGAGGUCCAGGAGACCCUCUGUCCACUCUGGACUCCUGAGGUCCAGGAGACCCUCUGUCCACUCUGGACUCCUGAGGUCCAGGAGACCCUCUGUCCACUCUGUCCUCUCUCCUGGACUCCUGAGGGCCAGCUGGUGUUUGUUGUGAGGACACGAGAAGCUGCUCUUGAGAGCGAGACACUCUGAGACUUCCUGCUCUUCUGCUUCAGUGCCGCUGCUGCUACGUCUCAAACCAACUCUAGAGAAGAUUCUUAUCUCCAUUUAUCUUUCAAAUAAUUUCACAUUUAAUCAUUCAUACAUUUUAGAAAAUCUGGAUUUAAUCCUUUCUUUAAAUAUUUUGGUUUACUUUAAAUGAGUUUGAAAUGUGGAUCCUCUGAGGUCAGACCCUUUGGGGAUUAUUAGGGGUUAGUGUUCUUCAUUCUGCUGCUUUUACUCCUCUUUCUAAAGCCAAAGACUGUGUGUGUGUGUGUGUGUGUGUGUGUGUGUGUGUGUGUGUGUGUGUGUGUGUGUGUGUGUGUGUGUGUGUGUGUGUGUGUGUGUGUGUG